CUAGUUCGCCGCAGACGCAAUUUGGGAAGUGAAAACAAGCUGCUAAAUACAAGCGAAAUAAUCACAAGAAAGGACAUCCGAAAAGAGGUUCAUCUUGCACUGAGUAGCCAUGUUUGUACGGUGUAUUGUCCGAAAAGUGCCAGGGGAAAAAGAGGCAGACCUGGUCACAGAGGCCCUCCGGGUAAACAUGGCCCACCUGGGCCUCAAGGACCACAAGGACCUAAGGGUCGUCCUGGAGAUCAGGGACCUUCAGGACCUAAAGGCAAUGAAGGUCCUCAGGGACCCAAGGGUGAUCGUGGUAAAUCCAUCGCAGCGCCUUCUAUUGUGUCGCCUCUUGUUUCUAUGGUGGUAAAUGAAAAGGAUGCAGUCUCAUUUCAGUGUCAGGUUAGAGGAAAUCCGAUACCUCAGAUCACGUGGAUGAAGGAGAACUUCAGUCUGACAGUGAGCAAACGCAUCCAACUAUCACGUGGUACCAUGGUGAUAACAACUGUGACUUCACAAGAUGGGGGAAUGUACACGUGCCAAGCAAAGAAUAUUCUUGGAGUUGUAAGAUCAUCAGCUACACUAACUGUUCAA